AGGAAGAAGACGUCACCGCGCAGAGCGCUGAAAAGCUGAACGCUCCUUCUCCCUUCUCUCAUUCGACCGGUCGAUCCACUCCGCAUUCUUAACAGUCCUGCCAGGGAAAAGCUUCAUUGAAGAUGUCGGACGAGGGUAAAUUGUUCAUCGGAGGAUUGAGCUUCGAGACCAACGAGGAGUCUCUGGCUGCGGCCUUCGGCAAAUAUGGAACCAUCGAAAAAGUGGACGUGAUCAGAGACAAAGAGACAGGCAGAUCUCGCGGUUUCGGCUUUGUGAAGUACGAUAAUGCAGAUGAUGCGAAAGACGCAAUGACAGCAAUGAACGGCAAGUCUCUAGAUGGUCGGGCUAUUCGCGUGGAUGAAGCAGGAAAGGGUGGACGCUCCAGAGGUGGAUUCCAGUCAGGCACACGGGGUGGCAGAUUUGGAGGAUCCCGGGGGAGAGGUGGGCGAGGUUACUCCAGAGGAGGAGGAUACAACGGCGAUCGGGGCUAUGGUGACAGGAGUUACGGAGACAGGGGCUUUGGAGGUGGAGAUAGGAGCUUUGGUGGCGGCGGAUACAGGAGCGGUGGCUACUCCUCAGGCGGCUACAGAGAAAAUAGGGGUCAGGGUGGAUAUGGUGACCGCUCUGGAACCUACCGCGAUGGAUAUGAGAGCUAUGCUGCACACGAGUAAACGUCUCCCUGAUUCAAGAUCAUCACUUGGCUGGCUGUAUUUCAAAGAUGCGCUCCUCAAGAAAAAUGUCCACGUGUUAUUGCUGACCUUAGUUUUGUAGUUCUGUUGUAGUAGCUCAAGCAUCUUUAAAAAAAAAAAUGUAGCCAUGAGUUUUGGUCAUUCCUUAACAAUGUUACAAAUUACAGUUCAAGACUUGAACUGCUUGAUUGGGCAUCUUUAUUCUUCAAAGGUCGUUUGUUAACUAAAAGGCAUCUGUGUAACUGAUUAGUAUUUUUAAGUCCCGAUUUGGGGAUCGAACAACGGCUCUCCACAUGGCUUUUCGUUGAACGGCCACCUUCAUCGCUGUAGACGUUUUUUUGACCAGCACGUUAAAGUGUUCCCUGACUUUGAUUCCUUAGUUUUUUCUUUUUUCCCUUUUAUUGAAAUAUCCGGUGGGGCUUGUUUUUUGUUUUUGUUUUUUCUUUCCCCUGUCGGUCUCUGUGACUGGCCUACCUCUUGCCAGGUUUUAAACUUCUUGAGGAAAGAUCUAAUUACUCUUAAACAGGCUUUUGGGGGAUUUAUGCUAAAUUCCUUUUACUAUUAAAAACUUAGUUUAGCUGAGGCUCCUGUGUGUUCAAUUUCCCAAAAGAGUGAAUUCCUUUCAGACUGGUGAACUACACCUCCGAAGUGGCCGGCUGUUCAUGAAGUCUGUCCAAGGUAUCUUCUGUGCUCUGCUCAACAUCUGCAUUUUAAAUGUGCUGUAAAAUGGACUAAUCCUUGUUUAAGUGAUCGAAAAAUGUAACUUCGUUUUCCCCAAAGUAAAAUCACAGCCGGGAACAGUUUUGUACUUUAUGUUCUUUGUAUGAUCAACUUUUUUCUUUGUCAGUUUGGCUUCAUGGAGCCUAUUAAACAGACUGUGGAAAAUAA